AUGCAGCGGCGCCAUUCAGUCACCAUGGCCGCCCGCAACAACAGCUCGCGAGUCCCUCUGGGCAGGAAGAUUGACCCCCUGCUUCCAUACUCAAUUAUUUCCGAAAAGACAAAGAAGCCCCGGCUUCGUCUACGCUCCCUCUUCGGCCACUGUCAUUACCGAAGAGUCUUUACUUGGCUCAUCGGCAUCGCCUUCCUCGUCACUCUGAUCUUCGUCAAGUCCAGAAAAUCCGGAUAUGGUGGCUACAACAUCGGUGGUACCAGGACCCAGGAGCCCGUCGCAACUGCCACUGUCAUCAACACUAACGGCGAGCCCGUUGUGAUGCUGACUGGUGAUAUGGACGGUGACGGAAAGCUGGAGACGGUCCCCGAGGAUGAGUAUGUCACGGCGGAUCAGAAGAAGGAGGUUGCCGAGCAGCUUCAGAAGAUGCCCUGGUUGAGAUUCCCUCACCUGGAUGGUUACUUCCAUGGCCUCCGGACCCUCGUCCCUAAGACCAGCCUGCAGCCCGAGUACCCCAAUGUUACUGAGAAGGCUCCCCUGCCCUCUCCCGCCAUGAACGAUCAUGUUCCCAAGCCUAAGAAGUACAGCCCUUAUGAGCAGUCUGCCGACAUCAAGACUUGCUACCUCGAUUCGAAGAAGACUGUCCCCGCUCCGGAUCUGUACGCCUACAAUGGUGUUCCUCAGCAUAUGCCUGACCCUGCCAUUGGCUCUUACAAGCUCCUGGGUCUUCGGGACGAUGUCUGCUUUGACCGUUUCAGCCGAUACGGCCCUUACGGUCUUGGUUACAGCAGAGCCCACGGUGGUUUGGAUACUGGACUCGACACCGAGAGCUCGGGCAACGAGGCCGUCUGGGCCGAGACUGGCAAGAUCAACUACAUCGAUGUGAACUGGGCUGAGGCCCAGGAGGCUUGCUACAAGGCCAACAAGCACCGCUUCAAGCAGGUCAGCCCCGAGACUCAGGAGCUUCAGGAAGGCUCGACCAAGAAGGGCCGCAUUGCUGUCGUUGUCCGUACCUACACUGGCUUCAAGUGGACUGAGCUUGCUGUCCUGAACUUCCGCGCCCUGAUCAACGAGCUGUCUCUCAGAUCCGGUGGCGAAUACCAGGUUCACUUCCUGAUGCAGGUCCGCAACAUUGAUGAGCCCAUUUGGUCCGACAAGUGGACUGUGCAGCGCAUCAUCAACGACAACGUACCCGCCGAGUUCCGUGGCCUCGUUUCGCUCUGGAGCGAGCCCCAGAUGAGGCUCAUGUACCCCGGCAGGUUCGGCGAGACCAUUGAGAACCCCAGUGGUGCCGAUAUCCACGGCAUCUACCGCAGUGCUCACUUCCCUCUCCAAGUCUUUGCCAUGCAACAUCCCGAGUACGAGCACUACUGGAACUGGGAGAUGGACAUGCGAUACCUGGGCAGCUACUACGAGUUCUUUGACCGUCUUGGCAAGUGGGCCAAGGAGCAGCCUCGCACUCUUCUCUGGGAGCGCAGCGCUCGCUACUACAUUCCCCCUUACCACGGCACCUGGGAGAACUUCUCUCAGAGCGUCCAGCACGACACUCUUGCCUCUGGCCGUGCCCCCAUCUUCGGUCCCUUGUCCUUCGAGGGUAAGGAGCAGCUUCGACACGACGAGUGGGGUCAGACCAUGAUGCCUCCCUCUUGCAGCUCGGAUGCCCCUGAUCGAUCCAAGUGCGGUGUUGGCGAGGACGCCGAUAUCAUCACCCUCAACCCGCUUUUCGAUACGGAGCAGUCUGGCUGGGUCUUCUCGGACGAUGCCACAGGCUACAAGGCCCCCCCUCCUCGACGAUGCGCCAUCAUCACUGCCUCUCGUCUCAGCCGUCGCCUGCUCAUGUCGAUGCACGAGGAGGUGUGGCGAUACCACCACACCAUGUUCUCGGAGAUGUUCCCUCCCACCGUCGCCCUGCAUCACGGCAUGAAGGGUGUGUACGCGCCUCACCCUGUCUUCCUGGACCGAGCCUGGUACCCCUUCAGCGAGAUUGACGGUGCCUUCAACGCUGGCCGAGACCACUCAACAUCAGGCCCUGGCAGCCCCUUCGAUCAGCUCAACGAGCACAACCACAAGGGUACCAGCUGGUACUUCAACAGCGAGUUUGGUGGUCUCCUGUGGCGCCGAUGGCUGGGCUAUGCGCAGAUGGAUGGUCGUGGAAAGCACGGUGGUCGUGCCAACGAGGGACGGGAACGAGGUGGCAAGACGGAGGAAAUGGAUGAGCACAGCAGCGGCCGGUUAUGUCUGCGUGGUAUGCUGGUGCAUCCCAUCAAGUUCGAGCAUCCUUCGGAGAAGCCGUAA